AUAGACCAUUUGUACUAAACAGGAGAAUACAACAACACUCUACUGUACUAUUACAUUUACUAAUAAUGAUUGGAUAAUGGAUCCCAUAAGUUACACCGCAUAGACUUCUUACAAAGUGAAAUUUAUGAAUUUCCGAUGCAGAUAAAUCAAUCCGCGUUUUCCGACGGAAGUUUGAAAGAAGCGGAGCUCUGGAAAAUUGUACCCGUUGUUUUCCCGAUAAAACUCACUUGUAAUCUACUAUUUGUGUCUGUCAACGAAUCCCAAAAUUAUGACUGGAAGAACUUUGAUUGUGACUGGUGCCAACUCUGGUAUUGGAUACGAGGCUGCCCGCUAUCUCUGCGAGGGAGGCAAUGACGUCAUCUUGGCCUGUAGGAAUGAGGAGCGUGGAAAGGAGGCAUUGAACAAGAUUAAAUCACAAAAUCCAAAUGCUCUCGUAACUUUUAUGCAGCUUGAUCUUGCAAGUGUUGAAUCUAUUAAGAAGUUUGCAGAGGAGUUCAAAACAUCUGGAAAGAAGCUUCAUGGUUUAGUGAACAAUGCCGGAGUCACCCAGGCCUUUAAAGACACCACCAAACAGUUCACAACUGAUGGCUAUGAACUCACCAUGGGUACUAACCACUUGGGUCCAUUCCUGUUAACUCACCUGCUCCUAGAUGACUUGAAGAAAGCUGCAGAAGAUGGCGGAGAUGUUAGGAUUGUUAAUAUUGCAUCAUCUUUACACAAUCCAGCCACUAUGAAGCGUAUGGCAAAAGAUGUACGUGACCUCGAUAUUGAGGAUUUAAUGUAUGACAAAGCUGGCUCCUUCAAUGGUUUACAAGCUUAUAAAGAUUCCAAACUGGCAGAUAUUAUGUUUACUUAUGAACUUGCAAGGAGACUUGAAGGCACAGGAGUUACUGUGAAUGCCCUUAACCCAGGUUUCAUUCCAGCAACAGGUCUCAAUCGGAAUACCAGUAGAGGCCAGCAGUUCUUUUUGAAGUAUAUUCUAGGGGGUAUCCUAAGACCCAUUGUGAAGUUCCCAAAAACAGUUAAGCAUGGCGCUGACUGUCUCUGUGACUUAAUAGCUGGUGAAACUGUUAAAGGUGUGACUGGAAAAUACUUUGAUGAAACAAAGGAAGGUGAGUCAUCUGCAGAAUCUAAAGAUGAGGAGAAGCAGAAAAGAUUGUGGGAGGUCAGCGGUGGACUUCUAAAGAUGGAAGGAUUUGAGCCAAUUGAGCUGAAGAAACCAGAGGAGCCCCCAGUAGAGGAGCCUGCAGCAGAGACUAAGGCUGAGGAGGCCCCUGCUGAUGGUGAGACUAAAGAGGAGACUAAAGAGACAGCCGAGGAAAAGAAAGAGGAAGGUGAAACUACAAAAGAGGAUGAGGAUUCAAAACCAAAAGAGGAUAGUAAACCUAAAAGAAGAAAAGUAAGAUCACCAGGUAUGGCUGCCAAUCCAGACAGUAGAUCAUCAUCGGAGGUCUGUGAUAUAUCUUGAACAGUUAAAUUAGGACGGUUUUUAAAACUGAUCAUUAGUAAAUAGAUGUAUUUCUGAUGAAUGUGGUUAUGUAUACAAAUGGGAAUUACAUGUUUGUGGUAAUUUAUUAACAUCAUGGUUCAUAGAAUUGAUAUAUCAUGUAGAAGUAUAACAGUGUAGCAUUUAACCUGGUAGAAUUUGAAAAUUAUUAUUUUGUUAUUUUGCCUUUUUUAUUAUGUUCCUCAUCAGUAUUAUGAAAUAUAUCAUAUUAUAUCAAAGUUGUAUGCCAGUAUGUUAUAGAUGAUAUUUUAGAUGAAGGAAGUUAAUGUUUUAUAUUAUCUGUAGCCACAUACAUUGGUAGUAGCCACAACUGAUUAUACCACAGCCCACAGUUUGGUCAGGGCACAGUGGCGGAUACUACCCAUGAAAUCUACAGUUAAUGCAAAAUAUAGCUGCAUACACCAUUGUAAAAGGACGACAAAUGAUGUUAAGCAGUCCUCUAAAAUGUUGUCACUCAAAAAUGUUUAUAUCAAGUUAUAUGGCUUGUCUACGCAAUUUUUUGCUGAAAUAUGAUUUCUAUUAAUGCAUUAUAUAUUGUAUUUGUUCUUAAUUUGGCAUCCACUUUAAUUUGACAGAUUUGAAACAGAUUCGAAAAUUAAUCAAAUUUAAUCUUCAUCAGAUCUACCAUUGUUUACCUUCAUGUCUUCUAUACAUUAGAUUCUAAUGAGAUAAAACGAGACAAAAUAGCUGAUAAAAUACAAAAUCAAAAUUAGAUACGUUUUUUCAAUAGUUAAGCAUUUAUAAAUCUAACCAAUAUUUACAAAAUGUUAUAUUUAUAUGUGAUAUACAUGUACUUGUUUUGUAUUCAUUUAUUAUAAAUCUCAUGAAUAAAGAUUGUAUAUACGAUAUCAAAU